AUGCGCACGACCAUCGAUAGCACUGACAUGCCAACAAGUGUGCUGAUCUGGCACAUUGCAACGGAGAUAUGCUACUUGACUGAAGAAAACAACAAUGAUCCACCUAAGAAGACAAGGGUGAGCAGAGAUCUAUCAAACUAUAUCAUGUACCUUGUCUUCACGUGUGGUGUGAUGCCUACAGGAAGCUCCAAACUCGUACCUUUGCUCACCCAUAAGGAAAUCAGGGAAGCUAUUGGACCAUAUGCUGCUAUGGCCACUAGGGAUGAAGCUAUUAGGAUGGUGCUUGAAGCUAAUAACAGAGAAAAGCCACAAUCAGCCGAUACAGAUGAUAUGGGCGGCGGCAGCAGCCAACCGGCAACUCAGGUGGCUAUUCGUUCUCCAGUGGUGCCUCGUGCAUGUAUAGUGGCGAACGAGCUGAAUACCAUGCCUAGAGAUGGCCGCUGGGGCCUCAUUGGAGAUGUAUGGCUGGAGAUGUUUUUCUACAUCGCGCCUCGCUGUGGGGGUGAUUUCCAUGCUCAUCAUCUCAAUACCGGCGGGGAGUUCGUGACGCAUGUCCUCCAACUCAUGCGUUUACUAGGCCCUUUUCUACCACCGCCAGAUGCUUAG